AGUACGCCCGCCGCCGGUUCAAAUAUCCGUCCCGUCGUCCCGCGUACACCCACUCGAUCAACCGUCACCGCAAUUACACCACCAAACAGCAGUAGUCGUUUGUAGGUGUGAAUUGUAUUUUUCCGAUUUCGAUAAUCAUCGACGUUCGACCGGACGUACGUGAUAUCGUUCGUUUUUUCCCUGCAGUGCAAUCGUCAACCACCGAUUUUCAAGUCUUCCGUACUACCUAUAAUAAAAUCAUAUUAUCUGAUUAUCGCACCACCGGUCGUUGAAACAGUGUGUACGGUCUCUCCGUGCGACAAGUAAUACAUUCCAAUUCCGUUACACGGGAACAAUAUAUGCACAGAAGAUUGUGCAUACACGCAGCCCAAGACAGUAGAAAUGACAGACAGCAUGACGCGGAACUUUAAUAAUUACUCUUCCACUACAAAACCAGAACAACACAUCUCCAAACAACAAAUGGCAGCGGUAGAUGGUUACGAUAACCAAGGGAUGCUGAGAUCUGAAUUGGACAUCAACGGAAAACCCAUCAAUGGAAAUACUUGCAUCAACAUGGACAGCCUCAACAAAUGUGUCGUCAUCAAUACAAAAGGCGACACCGCCGCACAGUUGAACGAGAAACAAAAUUACUACAACCCAUACCAACACCGCGACGUAAAACACCCCACAACGUAUUUUGACACCUUGAUACAUCUUCUAAAGGCUAGUCUAGGUACGGGAAUUCUAGCCAUGCCCAGUGCGUUUAAAAACGCCGGUUAUGUAGUGGGUACGUUGGGUACAAUCAUCAUCGGAAUACUGUGUACAUACACGAUACAUUUGCUGAUAACUGCAUCGCACGAGCUAUGCAUCAAGAGAAAAGUGCCCAGCCUCACGUACCCAGGUACCGUGGCAGUGGCUUUCGAAGAGGGUCCUAAAUUCACUAGGGUAUUGGCUCCUUACGCGAGAAUGAUGACAAACAUGUUCCUAGUCCUGUACCAAAUAGGUUCCAGUUGUAUUUACCUGGUAUUUAUUGCUAGCAAUCUCAAAGUGGUCUGCGAUUUCUAUUUCGGCGGCAACACGGACGUGCGGAUGUACAUGGUGUACCUAUUAAUCCCACUGAUAUUGAUCUCUUGGAUAAGGAAUCUUAAACUCCUGGCACCGUUCUCCUCAAUUGCUACUUGCAUGACCAUCGUAAGUUUUGUAUUGAUUUUCUACUACAUUUUCCGGGAAACGCCGUCGUUCGCCGGCCGUGAACCAAUCGGUACCGUUAACAGUAUACCAUUGUUCUUCGGCACUGUACUUUUCGCCAUGGAAGCCAUCGGUAUGGUCUUGCCGCUUGAAAACGAAAUGAAGAAUCCUAAGAAAUUUGGCAGUAUGUUUGGCGUACUUAAUGCUUCCAUGUUGCCCAUUUCUCUCUUGUACACGGUUGUUGGAUUACUUGGCUAUCUGAAGUACGGCGAAAAUACCACCGGUAGCAUAACACUCGACAUGCCCCAGACCGAAGUGCUGUCUCAAGUCGUGAAACUCCUUCUGUCAAUUUCCAUUUACAUUACAUACGCUCUAUCCAACUACGUCGCAUUUGACAUCAUCUGGAAAGGAAUGGAACAAAAGAUGGAAAAGAAUGAACACAGGAUCUGCUGGGAGUAUGCAUUACGCACGUCCAUAGUGAUCGUAACGUUUUUCUUUGCCAUUGCCAUACCAAACUUGGAGCACUUAAUCUCGCUGAUCGGUGCGUUCUGUUUGUCUUCUGUGGGCAUCGCGUUACCAGCCAUCGUUAGCUUUUUGACGUUCUCCGACGUCUACAAGGAUGAAGGAAACUUACGGUUCGGUCUAUUCUGCCUGCGCAACUUGCUGAUCAUCCUCAUCGCCAUAUUUGCAUUCGUAAUUGGCGUGUCCACAAGCGUGUCCGACAUCAUACAUCACAUGACGUGAUUUCCUCCAUUUCAAUGAGGAUUAAGUUCGUUUCUGUGAUGGGUUUUAUGGUCAACCCACACCACAAACGGACUAUACGACAACUGCAAAAAAAAAAAAAAACAAAUAAACAACAACGAUGACGGUGAUCGUUGUUGUCGUGCGUCGAGUAGUUAAAAGUUUUUUCCACCUCACUCGCGAGUAACGACCAAUUAUUGUUUACAUUAUUAUUACAUCAAUAUUACGCGUUUACUUCGGUGAACUCUUAAACCAUGUAACGAAUAAGACAACUCAAAUCCAGUAUUCUGUAACACGUCAUUCAACUAUAGUUGUUUGCGUUGUUGAUUUAGAAUUUGGAUGGAUAAUGCCAACUCAGUAUUUUUAUUGUCGUUUUAAAAUUAUCGUAUUUGGUUUUAUUAAUAUUGUAAGCUCUUAUUAAUUAAAUCCAACGUUUAAAAUCAAAAUAAUAAUAAUAAUACCAACGUAGGUGUUUAGUUUUCCAACCGGUCUGAGUACGGCACGGGCCGGUUUUCAAAUUAUGUCAUACUACUAUGUAUUUUAGUGUCAAUCAAAAAUAUAUUAUUUCACUCGAAUAUACGUGAUAAAUUCACAGUGCAUUUGGCAAAAACAAUGAUUUUUAUUGACUUUAAAACAACGCUCGGAACAAAUAUAAAGAAAAAUAUUCUUUGUA